AUGGCAUUCGCUCAAUGCACUAAAGAACCAAAAGAAGAUGUCGUUUUCCUGUGGCCGUGGGUAGGGGGGAAGGCUAUUGUCGCACCUACGCAGCCAGGGGUCAAGGAUUUCAAGGUCCACUUGAAGUGUGUCCACACCGGGCGUAACUAUGGCAAUGCGACAGUGACACAAUUAGCGCUUGAAUCGUCUGUAUGUGUUGACAGCGGCACCGACGGGGGAGAUGGUAGACUACUCGCCUCGUCUACUUGCAAGUUCAUCAAUAGCUCGAGCAUGGCUUUGCACGGAAAAUAUCCACAGCCUUCAUUCAUUGGAGAGCGAAACCCCACAAUGAGUUUGAAGUGUAGGCGUGUACAAGGUACUCAACAAUCCAGCUGCCCACAGGAGAAGAAAAUUCGUGCGCCAUUAAACAAAAGAAGCUUCUUAAUAGAAGUGAGAGAUAUUGUGAUGUCAUACCUAGCCUUAAUUCAAGAAAAUACCGGGAAGUAUUUGGCAUCUUCUAGUCCUAGAUCAUUUGAGCUUCACCGAAAUGGUUUGAUACCUGUGAAAUCUCUUCAAUAUAAACUUCAUGCAAGUGUCAUAUUUUACACCACUGUCGCACCUGACGAUGAGAGCAAUCAUCACUUGCCAUGCAGUGACGUGUGUGGUGACUUAGGUGAACUUGUCUUGGUGAAAUAUGGUGGGCCUUCUGGAUUUUCCCUCUUCGAUUGUAGCAAACACCGUGAAGUGGAAACGCCAGUUCACUUACGAAAAAGUCCACGAUAUCAACCUUCAAAACGAGCACUUUAA